AUGCCGGGCGUGGGGGCGAUCGGUGCGCGGUGCAGGCACCGGCCGCGCAGGAGCCCCAAGAAGAGCCCCAAGGCGGAGCCGAGCCAGGCCGGGGCCGCCAUGGACGCGGCGAUUUGGAUCUACCAGUUCCGGCUGAUCGUGCUGGGUGACUCCACGGUGGGCAAGUCCUGCCUCUUGCACCGCUUCACCGAGGGCCGCUUCCCGGGGCCGCUGCACUCUGACCCCACCGUGGGGGUGGACUUCUUUUCCCGACUGGUGGAGAUCGAGCCUGGCAAGAGAGUGAAGCUGCAGCUCUGGGACACGGCGGGGCAGGAGAGGUUCAGGUCAAUAACACGCUCUUAUUAUCGCAAUUCUGUGGGUGGUUUACUAGUGUUUGACAUCACAAAUCGUCGAUCUUUUGAACACGUGAAAGACUGGCUAGAAGAAGCAAAAAUGCACGUGCAGCCCUUCCAGAUUGUGUUCCUGUUAGUAGGACAUAAAUGUGACUUAGUGUCACAGCGUGAGGUUACAAGAGAAGAAGCUGAAAAACUGUCGGCUGACUGUGGUAUGAAAUACAUAGAAACUUCAGCAAAAGAUGCCACGAAUGUUGAAGAGUCCUUUACAAUUCUUACACGAGACAUCUAUGAACUUGUAAAAAAAGGAGAAAUCUCAAUACAAGAUGGAUGGGAAGGUGUCAAGAGUGGUUUUGUUCCAAAUGUGGUACAUUCGUCAGAAGAAGCUGUAAAGCCCAGAAGACAGUGCACCUGCUGAAUUUGUAGCAUGCCAAAGAGCACAUCAUGUGUUCAGAAGAUGAUGCCAACCUAAAUAACAGAAUAAUAAUUCUGAAACAAUAUUAGAUCAUGACACAGCUGAAUCAUAGAGAGGUAAUUUGGUUUUGUGUCCUUUUGUCUAGGUCAUAACUUCAUAACCCUCUAAGUGCAUUUUUCUUUUCAAAGUACAAUAACUUUGUGUGGUCUAUAGGAAAAGAAAUUAUAUCUUGCUAAAGGAAAAACUAAUCCUAUAGCAUGACAUUGAGAAAGUGCAAUAAUCAUUGUGACAACAACCUCUCUCAGGCUUUGUAUUUUGAAUAGAUUAAAAUCAAGGCUUGCUAGGUGAGGAUCAGAUGAGCUCAUUGCUUUUGUUCAUCCUGCCUUAGUUUUGGACAAGAAAAUAUUAUACCUUAUACUUUUUUAACGUGAUUGUUUACUCAAGUGCAGGGUUGCUAAUGACCAGAAAAGUUUAGAAUGUUGUAGAAUUUCCUAAUACAGAUAACUCUAAAGAAA